AUGGACGCUGCCGCCCUUAAAUCCAUCAAGGUCAAGACCGGCACCCUACGUCGGUUGCGCAAGGAGCUGGACAUGUACAUCCAGGAGCAGGUGAAGGAGUCGGCAAACGUCGAGAAAUUGAAAGCGGAUGGCGCGGACAUCCAUGAUGUCAAGUAUGCGGAGAACAUCCUCGCAGAGUCGGUGGGCAUGAUCCCCGACACCCGGCAGCGACUCAGCCAGGCGCUCGAGCAGCUCCAGUCUGCCCUGGAUCAAGCUGGCGAUGACAGCUCACCCGAGGUCCGGGCAGCGCGUGAGGAGGUGGAGGCAGUCGCGACACUGGCUUGA